AUGGAUUCUUUUCUAGAUCCAUUUGCGUCGCCAGUGCCUGGUGGGAGUCGUAUUUCAACACCCAAUUAUAAACCAACCAUCGAUGCCAACGCUAGUCAACUUUUUGUUUUUACUCCUAAACCGCAGUCGAAUAUCAGUGCGUUUCGAGGUAGUGCGGUAUCCGAUACAGCAACCUUGGCACCUUUCCACAGCCAGUCGAGGUCAUCUGUCAAACUAGCAGCUCAGCGAGCGUUGGACCUGGAUGUUCCACAGCAAGCACAUGUUAGACCCUCGACCUACCCCGCCGCAACAUCUCAUAAACUGACUCCCCAUGGAUAUCGGUUUUCUGUAGAUGCGCCUAUCAACUACCAAUUUUUGUUCAGAUCUAUGGCUUCUGGAAGAAAGCAGGGUUGGCCGAGAUCCUGGUUACUGAGAACUCCUAUGCUGGACCCUAAAAUAACCGUCAAUCCUUACCAUCGAUUGGAUGACUCCGUGCCAUUGUUUCAACAUACCUGUGCAACCAUCUCGUCAGCUUCAUCAGCAAAAGAUAAUCGUUCCUACGCAGAUGACAUGGAUUCAGUAGCAACGCCAAAUUCAGAUGGUAUCCGAGACGAUUACUUUUGGCAAGCAGAAGGUUCACUUUAUUCCAUGCAAGUCACUCUGUUUGCACUUGGUUUCCUGUUAUUUCCUUGUUGGUGGAUAGGGGGUUUUUACUGCCGCCCGCAGACAUCGGCAGGGAGCGUUCGCAGUAGUUGCAGCAGUGUCGACCUUAAGACAUCGUCAUGGAUGACCAAGGCGUUAGGAGGAACGCUGCAUAAAGCUCAGUACCGAAGGGAGUUGUCAUACUCUCAAUUAUUUCAUCUUCUGAAUCGAGCCAUGGCACUUCUUUCAGCGGUUUGGAUGAUCGUCAUCAUAUCCAUUGUCAUAUGGUAUUAUGUUGGCCUCAGUCAUGGUCUUUGGAUACCGUGGGAUAAUCAGAAUGUCAAUGGCACAAGACAGGAUCUAUUGAAUCGUCAAAGCAAAUUGAAUAUCGCCACAUGA